GGAAGUAGAUUGUCAGCAAAUGGAAAAGCUUAUGAGGCAAAGGCACAUAAGCAUAAUAUUGAUGCUAAUAAUUCUAAAGCAGAAAAUUCUGAUAACUUUUCUUAUGAUGAGGCGGUUAAAAAUAACAAUGCUGCAAGUAUUGUAAAAAGACUUCAAGCUACAGCAAACAACUAUUAUAGCAACAAUAAUAUACUAGAAAAUUAUGAUAAUGAAAGUUUUUUUGCUCAUGAUAAGCUAAUUGAGAUUGUGAAUAAUAAUGAUGAAGGCUUUGCAAAAAAACUUUUAAAUGUAGCAAAUACCUUUUAUCGUGAAAGUGACUCUAACAAAUCCUACAAGACUGUUGAAGAAAAUGUUGAAGCAGAAUUGUCUGACGAUGGAUGGCCAGAUGAAGUCGAUGAAGAUGAUACUGGAAGGCUAUUAGAAGAUGAGAUUGAAACCUCUAAUUGGUAUAAAAGAAUCCAAACUGCACUUGAAAACAUAGUACUAGAUAUCAAAAAUGAAAAUGUAAAUAGUGAAGUUUGGGUGCGUCUUAAUAGUAUUUACUUUUAUCUUCAACUUAUAAAGCACAAUCAUCGGAAAAUGGAAGCAAGUAAGAUAGUUGCAGAUGCGGCAGGAAAAGGGUAUACUAUGCUAGGUGUAUUCGUUCUUAGUCACAUGAGUAUGUUAUGA